AUUUGUUUUGCUUGUUUCAAGCACAAAUUCACUUAAAUUUUAUAUUUUUUGUCUAAAAACUAGACGUAUUGUCCUAGGUCAUUUUGCUCAUCAAGAAAAUACAUAUUAAUUUAAGAACUUUUAGAUAUUUUUACUUAAAACAAAUAAGAGAGUCAUUUUUUGUAGUGUGUAUAAAGAAAUGACCCGUUAUGUCUCUUAUUACCGAAUGAGGUAUCUACAUGCACCUCGGGUCCCCUACAUGAAAUUUCACGCUGCCAGGUUUCUACAGUAGCCCUAAAUGGACAAAUUGCUCUACAGAGCGUGAUUCGUCACUAUAUUGUCUCAGAUGACAACAUGGUUGUCCUGUUGCAGCAACCGUAGCUUCUCUAUGCGCAAUAUCACCACUAGAAAACACAAGAAUCUAAACGCAGCACCUUAAGUCACAUUAAAAAAUGUAGGCCAUGUAAAAAAUUAUGAAUCAAUGUAAUUUAUUUUUAAGAUCGCACAAGCACACCUUUGAGGCGUAAAAAUAAAAAUCUCAAAGACGCCAUUUGCUUCAAAGGUUGGCAAGAUAUUAUUUUAUUAUCUAAGGCGAUAACAUUGAUAUAUUUCUUAGUAUAGUUACUGUUUGGAGCCGGUGCAAAGGCGUUAAUAUCUAUACUGUCUAUUUUUAAGCAUACAAUUACGUUUAGAAAUAAAAAUGUAACUAUCUUCACUUAUAUGCUGUUAAAGCAACACAAAAUCUUUUGUGACUUUGUGUGCUUUGUCAUCCACCUUACACUGGAUUUGUACAAGUUUUAAAUGAUCAAUAACUGAUUAUUGAUUUGCAGAAAAGAUUGGUCACAUAGUGCACAAAAAUAUAUAUGAUAUAAUUUUACGCGUGUUGUUGUCAUCGUUUUCAUUUGCUUUAAAUAAUAAUCAGUCAUUUCAUAGCAGCAAGCUGGUAUUUCGACAGGGUAACAAACUAAUGAUCUACAAACUGUUGUAGAAUAAAGUCUGUGGUUCUUCACAUGUGCCUGCGGUAAAAGUAGAGCAAUUUAAAGUACUUGAAAUAUGAGAUUAGGUGAAUUUCUGGUUCUUCAUAUUGCAAUAUGAUAUAAAAAUAAUAAUAUAAAACCUCUCUAUUCUUAGCUUUUUAUAUAAACAGGAAACUCUUGAGAAAGACGCACAGUGUCGCACGGUUGACUAGACAGAUGGCAGUUCAACUAUAUUAGUAUAUUGAAUUAUUUACAUUGCUUGAAUGCGUUCUGCCAACUGUUUUUAAUGUAUCCUGCAAACUUAUCCCUCUGCAAAAUGUUCCUGUUGAGUGUUUGUUAUCCUUUGUAGGAUUCUGAAUAACAUUGUGAUCUUUUUGUUUGAAUUUCUGUGUAGUGCUGCUUGACUAAAUAAAUCUAUAAAACACUCAACGUUCUGGUCGUGUCUGUUGUGACUGCUUAUGUAAAAGAUUGGUGUCUGUAUUUCGUUCAGCAUUUGUGGUAAUAAAUGUUGUGGGCUGGCCAAAAAAAACCUGUCAAAGCCAAGAUUAUUUUGAGGAAGUAAAUGUAUGUCUUAAGACACUCAUGAUAGUCACAGCUCACACAGCGAGAAAACCAUUGGACAUAACAACAUCCUUUCUAUGCAUAGAAGCAUUGCAUUGCUUUCUCAAAGUCUUGGUCCUCGCUGAUGUUUCAAUAUUUCAAGAUAUGGACAUGAAGACGUGGAUGGCGGGCACGCAGUGUGUUGCCAAAAAAGACCAUGGUAAACCUAAAGCGGGCGAAAUACAGUAUUGCAAAGGUGAUGUCCUCACAAUCCUGGCGUCAGGAGGGAAAAAAGGGGUGUACAGAGCGAGACACAACACCACCGGAGAAGAAGGCCUGGUGUCCGCUUCCAACCUACGAGAGAGGGAGGCCGUCCGUAUAGACCCUAAACUCAGCCUAAUGCCCUGGUUUCAUGGAAAUAUAUCAGGACCACAGGCUGCACGCAAACUCCGGCCCAUGGAAGACGGCCUGUUCCUGGUUCGAGAGUCCAUCCGACACCCGGGCGAUUUCGUACUGUGCCUCUGCUUCAACAAAGAAGUGUUUCACUACCGCGUCAUCUUUCGAGACAACAAACUGUCCAUCGACAACAAAGAGUUCUUCUCCAACCUCAUCGACAUGAUAGAGUUUUAUACCAGAAACAAAGGUGCCCUUGCUACAAUACUACUAAAGCCAAAAAAGAAAGAAGGCACAAAGUCUGCUGAGACUGAGCUGUUAAAAUCUGGUUGGUUACUGGAUAUAUCAAAGUUGUCUUUAGGAGAUACCAUUGGUGAAGGAGAAUUUGGAGCUGUGUUCGAAGGCGAGUACGGAGGGCGGAGGGUCGCCGUCAAGAACAUCAAAUGUGACGUAACAGCUCAAGCUUUUCUCGAAGAGACAUCAGUCAUGACAAGCCUUCAUCAUAAGAAUCUGGUGCAGUUAUUAGGGGUCAUUCUGCACAAUGGACUUUAUAUCAUAACAGAAUUAAUGUCAAAGGGAAAUUUGGUGAAUUAUCUGCGCUCGCGAGGACGUUUCACCGUCAGCUCGGCUCAGCUGCUGAGAUUUGCUCUAGAUGUUUGUGAAGGUAUGGAACAUUUAGAGUCAAAGAAACUUCUGCACAGAGAUCUCGCCGCCCGCAACAUUCUGGUGUCUGAAGACUCGGUCGCCAAAGUCAGUGAUUUCGGUCUGGCUGUGGCAAAGGUCAGUGCGGACACCCCAGACAAUUUAAAGUUCCCUGUGAAGUGGACCGCACCCGAAGCCUUAAAGACCAGGAAAUUCUCCACUCAAUCAGAUGUAUGGAGUUAUGGAGUACUUCUGUGGGAAAUCUUCUCUUACGGCAGGCAGCCAUAUCCCAAAAUGACGGUUACUGACGUGAGAGAACGUGUGGAUCAAGGUUACCGCAUGGAGUCACCCGAUGAAUGUCCACCUGAAAUCUACGCCAUCAUGAGGUCCUGUUGGGAAGCAGAUCCCAAAAAGAGACCGUCUUUCCACAAACUCCGAGACAAACUCGAAAAAGAGGUCAGGAGAUUUGAAACGUGAUGGCUUUGAUCCAGUUGUGUAAACUGAUGACUGUUCAUCAGAUGCCAAAGUUGACAUCGUCUUUAAUAUUGUUCACAUGUGUCGAACUUACUAUUUAUUUCUAUACGAGCACUUUCUAUGUGUGUAUGUUUAUUUAAAUUUCUUUAUUUGUUUAAGAAAUUACGUGAUUAAUUAAAAUGGACCUUUAUGAGUUCAGACCGGUGAUGAAUUGAUCGCUGACUUUUGAUUUCAUUCAGCACUGUGCUUCUCAGCUGGGUGUCAUAUUUGGAUAAAUUUGCUAUAAAUAUUGCUUUUGUCAAGUCAAAGUCUGCUGUAUUUUGCUGCGUGUUAUUUUGUUAUUUGACGACAGGCUGUUGAAUUAAACAAAAUGUGUCAACAUAGAUCCAUUGUGCAACCUCAGUGCCUUGUGUUGUACAUGCUUGAAGUCUAAUUUUAAUAAAUAAAUCAUUAGGAAAUAAUUUUUCCAAAACAGA